UUCGCUCGGUAAAAGUAUAGGACUUUUACCAUUUUUGACGCUAAUUAAAAGUAUAGUAUUUUUCGUUUUAAGACAUAUUCUAUCAUUUAUUUUUGUACUUUACUCUUAUAAAUACCAUUAAUUAUAAAACAAAAUUUUGCUCUACCUCGCACUUAAUUCAUUCUCAACUAUUUAUUUUGACCAUUUGUCUAUCAAAAUACAUUUAUUAAUUAUUUUAUUAAAACUUGCAUUCAACUAAAUUGUUAUAUAUUUGUGACAGAUUGGAGAAAGUACAUGUUGAUUGAGCUAUUUUUUUAGGGUUAAUGGUAUUUUUGUUCAGAAUUUUCAGCGUACUCUAUAAAAGUCAUGUUAUACAAAUUUUGGUGGUCGUCUAAUAAAUUUUGAAUUAUCAAUUUGGUGGUGGAAAAUUCACAACUUAAUUACAAUCAGUUGGAUAUGAAAAUGCUGAAAGUUCAGAAUAUAAAACUCUAUUAACCCUUUCUUUUAUUUCUUGUUUGAGCUAUUUCUUUUAGAAACCACUUUUUAUACUGAAUAAAAAAAACUAAAAUUUUGAGUAGCUAUAUGUACUGUCGUUAUGAAUUUAAUUAAAUUAGAUCUGCUGAUUGGACCAAAAACCUUAGUAAAUAAUUUCUCAAGCGCUCGGCGCUGCGAUUUAUUCAUUUUGGGUUCCAAUUUUGUAGUCAUCUUAGAUAGGUAGUGUGAAGGGUGAUUCGAAAACGACGUCGUAGUAAGACAGGAAUGGGGAGCGAGGCAGCAUUGACGGCGUACAGAGCGUUGCUGAGAGCGACUCGGAAGACAUUCGCCGGCGACACGCUGAUGCUCAGGCAGUCCGCCGCCGAGGUGCGGAAGAAGUUCGAGGAGAAUCGUCACGUGACCUCCGCCGCCGACCUCAGCCGCCUCCUGGAGGAGGCACGUGAGGCCUCCCACUUCAUCUCCACCAUGAUCGUCCAAGCCAAGCUCAACGACCGCGGUGGCUACGAAGUGAAGCCUGAUAAAGAGCAUGCUGGAGCAACCCUUGAAAUCCCCUCUGAAGAGAUUCUCAAGAAUGCUUAGAAGCAUAUCAUCAGUAGACUAGGCGACGCUCAUAUUCAUAAUACGAGGGCAACGAUGGAGACGGAUCAUUUAGCCCCGAGUGGGGAAAUUCCGGUCAUUCUCUUUCUUUUUCUGAAGUCAUCCUUCAAAUAAUUUGUGGUUCGUUCGUAGCUUCCAUCGACAUUAUGGAGCUUGUGGCCUCACUUGUUUUCGAGACAUAACCUUACUUGUUGCUGAGAUUUUACUUGAAGCCAUCGAUCAAAUAAUUCGUGGUUCUUUCCUAGUUUUCAUUAUCAAUGUUGAGUUUGUAACCUUGUUUUGAGAUCUUGUUUAAGUUUGUGACUGGAGCUCUUUGUGUAAGAUGGUCUAGUUUCAAAAUGAAACAAUACUUACGUUUCUUAUUGUUA